AUGGAUUUCCCUCUUGCCAAUACUUAUGGAGCUCGUAGUGAGCUCUUUCUCCAGUCAGCAGACGACUAUCAUCGUCAAAGACAUAGAAUAAACAAAAGGUUGAACAAAUUACGUCGUAACUUGAAUAUUGUCACCAAAGAUACAAAGAAUUACAAGGAGAAAUGUAAAGAAAACAGCAUUUCUGCCGAAAAUUAUGACAUGGAUACUGCCUUUGGAGAUCUUUGGCUAUAUCGAAUCGAAAGAGACUUGCUAUAUGCACAGGAAACUAGAUUGCUAUUGGAUGUUCAUACGUCCAAAUCAAAGGAAAGAUUCUUAGUCUCCAAAUAUAAGAAGGCCCUGAAAAAUGCACAUCACUUACUAUCUGUGAUUGCAAAUGAACAAGACCAAUAUAAAGUCCUUGAAAUUUUGACGUACACUGCUAUCAUUGACGGUUCCUUGGCAGUCACCAGAAGAAAAUAUGGCGAAGCAUUAUACACAUUUUCGGUGGCCAGAUGUAGCUUGCAGUUCUUGUAUGCUCACCAGAACUUACCAGCAACAUUUACCAAGGAGUUGUAUUACGACAUCGUCGAUCUUGUUGUCGAUCCAGCUUUAAAAGUUGCAGCAUUGCAAACUAAAUCCUCAACAAUCUCUGAUCUUUCUCAACUUUCAAAGGAGCAAGUCUUCAGCAAUCGUGGAAAAGUUUCAUAUUUGGGCAAGGCAGUUCAAAUAGUUGAAAAAGAAGCUCCAUCAUACAUCACUCCUUCAAACGAGGAAGAAAGCGAAGUGCUAAGAGAAAUCACGUGGAGUUCCUAUACUGCUAAAAUCAGCUCUAAUGAAAUCGCCUUGGCCAUAAUGAAGGUCAAUGAACAACUCAAGCAGGUUGUUGACUCAGACACUUCUUCUUACGAUUCUGCCUUGAUGUCAUACCUUGAUGCGAUCAGCUUUCAAGAACAGGAAAUGGAAAGAAGUGAGGCUGAUGCAGACGACGCAGAAAGCCAAGAACAGCAUAUUGUUUUGACCUAUUUAAAAUACAACUAUCUCUUAUUGAGAAUCAGGAGAGACAUUGCCAUCAUGAAAGAUCUUGACAACAAGGCAACAGCCAAGAACAAUUUGAGUAGACAAAAGGUCCUAGAAUUGUGGAAGGACUACCUUAAAGUCAAUGACAGUAUUCUAGACUCAUUUAAUGAGAUUAAGGAACUUCCAGGUAUAGCAAAUGAUGACGACAUAGCGGAUAUGAUUAUCAAACUAGAUGUGUUUUUUCAAAUCAAGAAACAAAUGAAGUUGGCGCAAGCAUAUUUGAUUUUCAAUGGAUAUGUGAAAUCAUUGGCGUUAGUUUCUCAUUGUGACGAAUUGAUUGAAGGUGUGAAACCGUUUACCGAUGGUGAUGAUCUAAAAGGUAACUUACCAAAAGAAUCUGAUAUCGAAGACUUAAAGAUGAAAGUUAAAGAGGAAAAAUCCAAGCUUUUCAUUUUGGCUUCGUACUUCAAGGAUAAUGGAGAUUCUGCUCCUGUUGGCAGCAAAUAUUUGAUUGAUGAUGUGAAGAAAUUCCCAGACUAUUCUGCCACACAGCUUCUAGAAAAUAUUGCACCAUUGAAAGUCGAUUUUGAGCCUGUAAAUGUGAAGCCUGUUUUGUUUGAUAUUGGUUACAACUACAUCAAGUACGAAGGGGCCGGGGAAAGAAACAUUUUGAAAAAGAGCACUGACGAACCAAUGAGAGAUAGUGUAUCAGACGAUUCAAUUGAUAGAAAGAAAGGUGGUUUUUUUGGCCUUUUUGGACGCUGA